AUGGCAGUUGUUAUAGAAACAACUUUAGGUGAUAUAACUGUUGAUUUAUUCAUCGAAGAAAGACCUCAAACAUGUAAAAACUUCCUGAAGUUGUGUAAAGUCAAGUAUUACAACUUCUGCCUGUUUCAUACCAUUCAACCUAACUUCAUCGCUCAAACAGGAGAUCCAACUGGAAUUGGAAAUGGAGGAGAAUCUGUUUUUGGACUUGUAUAUGGUGAGGAAUCAAAAUACUAUGAAGCUGAAAAAAUGCCUAAAAUCAAACACAGCAAACCAGGGUUGUUGUCUAUGGUCAAUUAUGGCAAUAACAUGCUAGGAUCUCAGUUCUUCGUCACUCUUGGAACCGAACUGAAAUCCUUAGAGGAACACUGUGUUUUUGCUGAAGUUACUGAAGGCCAUGAUAUUCUUAUUAAACUGAAUGAUGCUAUUUGCGACAGUCAACAUAGACCUUAUCAAGAUAUCAGGAUCACCCAUACUGUUAUUCUUGAGGAUCCUUUCGAUGAUCUACCUGGUCUUUUGAUUCCUGAUGCUUCUCCUGAUUUAUCAUCUAUUCAAGCUUCGAAUGGUAGGAUUGGAGCUGAUGAAAAAAUCAAUGACGAAGAGGGUCUGUCUGAAGUCCAGUUACAAGAAAUUAAAGCGGAUAGGGAGGCAAAAGCUAGAGCUACUAUUUUAGAAAUCGUUGGAGACCUUCCUCAUGCUGAUGUAGCUCCUCCUGAAAAUGUGCUGUUUGUCUGUAAAUUGAAUCCUGUUACUACGGAUGAAGACUUAGAAAUCCUUUUUGGGAGGUUUGGUAAAGUUAAGAGCUGUGAAGUUAUCCGUGACCAUCAAACUGGCGACUCUCUACAAUAUGCCUUUGUAGAAUUCGAAGAUCAAAAAUCCUGUGAGCAAGCCUACUUGAAAAUGGAUAACGUUCUAAUUGAUGACCGUAGAAUACACGUCGACUUCAGUCAAAGCGUAUCAAAAAUAAAGUGGAGAGGGAAAGGUCUUGGAGUACAAUAUAUUGAAAAGCCUGAAGAAAAGGAUAACUCUAGGAGUGUGGAUCGUCAUGGAUCUAGCAAAAAAGAUUAUUAUAGAGAUAGAGAAAGGGAUAGAGACAGAGAUAGAAAUGAUAGACGAAGAGACGAUGACAGAAGACGGAGAACUGAUAGAGAUGCUGAUGAUUACCGAAGGCGAGAAAGAAGGAAAGGUGAUGACUCUCGUCGUAGGGAUGAUGACAAUUGGAGAGACAGAGGGGAAGAAGAUAGAUAUGAUGAAGAUAGAAAGAGGAGAGAGUUGAGGGAAGAAAGAAGACGUGAAGAAGAGAGGAAGUAUAGCAGCAGACGUGAAGAACGUAGUAGAAGGGAUGAAGAUAGGAGACGAGAUGGUGAUAAAGAUAAAAGACGUAAUGGAACAGAUAAAAAAGAUUCAACUACAUCCAGUUCUAGACGUGGUGAACAUCAUAAUGAUGAUAGAAAAAAUGAAAAAGCAGAAAGCAGUAAAAGCAAGGAAGUACAUGAAGCCAAAGAGGAGUCGAAACAUGAUUCCUCUCGCCAAAAUAAAGAAAAAGUUGAGAAGAUAGAUUCCAAAACCAAGGAUUUGGCUUCAUCAAGUAAUUCACAUAGUAAAGUCAAGGAAGAAGUAGUGCAAAAAGAAGAAAUUGAGCCGAAGAAUAACUCAGAGGAAGCCCAACCAAAGGUAGUUGUUGAAACUGACCGAUCUCUUUUAGACAGUAGUGUUGAAAAUAUGACACCUGAAAAAGGGAGUACAUCAGCGAUAAAAGAUAAGAAAAAAAAGAAAAGAAAGCCCAGCACAUCUAGUGAGAGUACUUCUAGUAAUAGUGACGAUUCUUCCAGCUCUUCUUCUUCUCUUGAUCAAAGGAGGAAGCGCAAACAUAAUGUCACUGUUGCUAAAAAAUAUUAUCAUAGAGGAAAGUUGGUAAAGAUUAUCAAGAAAAAGAAAAAUGAUUCUUCAGAUUCAGAAAGCUCUGAAGAGAGUUCAGAUUCAGACAGAAAGAGAAGAAAAACUAAGUAUAAAAAAAUAGUUAAAGUGAUAAAAAAAAGGAGGCGCACAAGUACCGACGACAGUGACAGUGAUACUUCAAGCUCUGAAGAUACUGAUUCAAGUCGACCAAGAAAGAAAAAGAGGAAAAAUGAUAAAAAUCUGAAAAAGAAGAAAAAAGAGAGUAAAAAAAAGAAAAAGAAAAAAAAUGAUCCUAGUGAAUCAUCUUUUUCCGAAGAUGAUAAAUUAAAAAGAAAAGGAAAAUCAUUAGAUGUCAAAAAACAAAAAAAAGAAUUGAGUGACUGA